AACUAAUGUAUAAAAUGGUGAAAUUGAUUGAAAGGACAUUUAUUGAAUGGCAUUUAUUGAAAGGACAAGAUAGACAUUUUAUUUUUCUCUUCAGCUAUAAUAACCAUAAAACUAUUUCCUAGAAGUCUGCUGGCAGUUCAACACUAAUUAAGGAAAACCUUAACUUCUGUCCUUUUUUUCCUAGAUGAGAAUGAAGAUUUAAGGAAACUUGCAGAGAAUGAAACAACUCUGUGUCAAAAAGAAAUAACUCAGCUGAAGCAUCAGAAGAAACAGAUGAAAAUGAUUUGAUCCUGGAAGUAACUGCAGGAGUUGGAGGUCAGGAGGCAAUGUUGUUUACUUCAGAGAUAUUUGAUAUGUAUCAACAAUAUGCCGCAUUUAAAAGAUGGCAUUUUGAAACCCUGGAAUAUUUUCCAAGUGAAAUAGGUGGCCUUAGACAUGCGUCUGCCAGCAUUGGGGGUUCAGAAGCCUAUAGGCACAUGAAAUUUGAAGGAGGUGUGCACAGAGUACAAAGAGUGCCAAAGACAGAAAAGCAAGGCCGCAUCCAUACUAGCACCAUGACUGUAGCGAUAUUACCCCAGCCUACUGAGAUUAAUCUCGUGAUUAAUCCGAAAGAUUUGAGAAUUGACACUAAGCGAGCCAGUGGAGCUGGGGGGCAGCAUGUAAAUACCACAGACAGUGCUGUCCGGAUAGUUCAUCUUCCAACAGGUGUUGUUUCUGAAUGUCAACAAGAGAGAUCUCAACUGAAAAAUAAAGAGCUGGCUAUGAAAAAGUUACGUGCAAAACUGUACAGCAUGCAUCUAGAAAAAGAAGCAAAUAAAAGACAGAAUGCUAGAAAAAUUCAGAUUGGAAGUAAAGGAAGAUCAGAGAAAAUAAGAACAUAUAAUUUUCCACAGAACCGGGUCACAGAUCAUAGAAUAAGCAAGACACUGCAUGAUCUUGAAGCUUUUAUGCAGGGAGAUUAUCUGCUGGAUGAACUUGUACAGUCAUUGAAGGAAUACGCCGAUUAUGAAUCUUUAGUAGAAAUUAUUUCCCAAAAAGUUUAAGUUGAUUUGUUAUUUGUAGACUUUCGUAGCUUAGAAAAAUUCUACAGCACAUCCACAUAGGGUGAAAAUACCCUUAUUCUCUUCAAAAACAUGAGUUAACACAGUUGGAGGUAAUAUGUGUAUUUUGAAGUCAUAGAUAAUUUACACAGAUCUCUCUCAAUGCAUUAGCAAAAAUCAUACAAUAUACAGAUGGUCCUCGAUUUACAUUGUGGUUAAUUCCCAGUAAACCCAUCAUAAGUUAAAAAAGCAUAUAACGUUAGCGACACAGCAGGCUCCUACUUAAUGACAGCUUGACGUAACAAUUUUCCAACUUUACCGUGGUAUGAAAGAGGCAUGAUUCGUAAGUCCUAAGGAGCUCCUCAGCUUGAAAUGGGGCUGCAUCCCUGUAAACCCAUCAUAAAGUCAAAAAAUCCUAAAACCAUCAUAAGUUGGUGACUACCUGUAAUCAUGACGUAGUGGUAAAUCUUGGACACUUCCUUAUAAUAAGUAGACAAAGGAAAAUCAUCCUUUGUCCUGUUCUAUGUAAGUAUUUAAUGAAUGAUCAAAAAUUCAGUUUAAAUAUUACGAAAAACUUUAAACUAGUAGAAAUGUGACAGUAAAUACUGUAUCCUGAUAUCUAGUCAGGAGACAGAAACCAUACCAUUAACUUGAACAGGGAUAAUUUUAAUAUAAAAAACUGUUAACUGAUAAUGAUAUUAGCUUUUAAGAGAGAUGAAAGAGAGCUACGAUGUUCUAGGACUGAGAGUACCAAAGUUAAGUAUACCCUUGAAAGGGGCUCCCCUUACCCAUGGUGAAGUCAGGCCUAAUGGAGAGAGAGUGGCUAUAGCCUACUCAGUGAUGGGGAAAUUCCCUGUCUUGCCUUGGGCCAGAGCUGGUGUACAGCUGGUGGAUCAGGUCUUAGAAGCAAAGAACCUCACACCCUCUACUGGUAAGCCAGAAGCCUCUUGCUAGGGUGUGAGCAAAACUUGGACAGGAACGCUCAGUAGAUGUUUGUGUUUGUUAAGAUUCUCCAGACAAACUCCCUUAAAAGGAUUGGUUUGUGUGAUGAUUAUUAAGUCUAACAAGUCCAAAAGCUGGAGUGUGAGGCAGGCGGCUGGAGACCCAGGAAAGCUGAUGGUGCAGGUCCAGUCCAAAGGUAUCUGUUGGAGGAUUCUCUUGUUCUUGGAAGAGGACAGUCGUUUUUCUCUUCAGACCUUCACCUGACUGGAUCAAGCCCACUAACAUUGAGGAGGGCAGUCUGCAUUACUCAAAGUUCACUGAUUUAAAUGUCAAUCUCAUGUAAAAACACCCUCACAGAAACACCUAGCAUAAUGUUUGAGCUUAUAAUUGGAAACUCAGAGCAGAAGUUAAAUCUCUUAAAAAAAAAAAAAGUAUGACCCAGUAGCUAGGCACCCUGUGACCUAGCCAAGUUGACACAUAAAAUUAACUGUCACAGUAUCAUCUUAGAAGCAAAAGAAGCCCCUUCAUUCUGCAGUGCCCCUCUACCAACACCUACUGACAAAGAACAUGGUGCUAUCUGGCAUGGGAGAAAUGUUCAGUUUGCUGUGGCUUGAAUGUGUCCCCUCAAAUUCAGGUGUUGCCAGUGUGACAGCAUCAAGAGGUGGGCCCUUUAAGAGAUCACUAGGCCAUGAGGGAUUCUCUCAGGACUGGGAUGAAGGCCCUUAAUAAAAGAGGCUUCAGGGAGCAUCCUGCUAGCUUGCCUUCUGUAUGUGAGAACACAGCAGGAAAGCCCUAGUCAACAAGUGCCAGCUCCUUGAUCUUAACUUCCCUUCCUCCAGAACUGUGAGAAAUAAAUUUCUGUUCUUUACAAAUUACCCAGUCUCCUGUAUUCUGUUAAAGCAGCACAAAAUGAAGAUAACACACCUGAACACCUGAACAUUCUUCACAAGGUAGUAAAUGUACUGCUUUAUUCUGGUCUCAGUAUUGUGUGCUUAAUAAGGAAAUGAGAAAGGGUGGAUCAAGGCAUAGGAUAAACAAGUUACUGCUAGACCUCUCACAAUGCCAUUAAUGGUAAGACUAUUUUUGUCAUUCUUGUCUCUUCGGAAGCUAACACCAUGCUGUAAUAGGCACUAAAUAGAUAUCUAAAAACAUACCUUAAGUGUUUGUCUAGAAAUCUGGUGUAUUGCUCAGAAAGAACCAAAAUUCAACUUAAUUUCAAAGGGCCUGAAGCCCUAGUUAAUCAAAAUUCAUUAGUUUUUAAUGGUACUACCACUCUCAAAUUUAAAAUGGCAUCUUAAGUUCCCCUUCCUCGCGUUGGAUUUAUUGCUAAAACCUGUGAUCCUUUUUAGUUCCAUUACCACUGCUCUUGUCCAGAAUUAACUUCUCAGACUACUUUAAUAGUCACCUGACUUCUCCCCCGCAUCCUAUUUGCUGUCUAAUUCUGGUUACAAAUAAGUAACUGCCAAACUAAUCUUUCUAAAAAGCAGGACUGAUCUCGUCACUCCUUUGCUCAACAAUGUAAAAGCUCCCAUUGCCUCCCAAAUAAAACCAGCUCUCCACUGUGUAUACA